AAAAUUGGGGGCAAGAUAUUUUAAGGGUUCAUAUUGUUUUUAGGCUAUUGUACAUUUAUCUGGUGUACGGAUGCAUAAAGGUGAAUUGUCUGUUCUGGCUGAGUAUUUAAGCUCUGCUGACAGAGCAAAUGAAGUAUGUCUCGCACACAAUCUGAAUCCCAGCUCCCGUCAAACUCCAGGGUAGUUAUCGUGGUCAUCUUAUCCUGUUUAACUUUGUUGUUGAUUCUCACUCUGGCCGUGUUCUGGGGAGUGCAGAUAUAUUCAAAGCUGGUGCUACCAUUAUUUCCACGGUCCUGGAGCCUGGCCUCCGCAACCAGCCGCCACAGAGACCUUCCACCCUCCUACGAUGAAACCCGGCUAUCUGACAACCCCUAUAUCUACCCAGGAAUAAAGCCGUCAUAUUCCAUUCAGGAGUUGAAGCUGCUGCGAUGCUAUUUGGAUCACAAAGGCCGGCUGUGCCAUGUUACUGUGGCGCAGCGAAUCGAUCCACAGACGAUGAAGGAAUAUGACGAGAUCCAGCUCUCGGAGGACUUCCUGCCAGACUACAGUAGUGAUUAUCCCUUCCUCCAACCUCCAACUCCUUGCCACAACCCAGAAUCCAGGUAA